UCAGGAAGUGACGUUAGGGAUAAACAGGUCUUGUAUCCGUGGCAGCGGCUGAGGCAGACGAGCGGGGCGCUGGUUGCCGUGGACCAGGGAGAGGAGCUGCCUGCUGACGUCAGCCUGGACCACAGACGCUGCCGCUACGGGCUGGACAGCUGAACUCUGUGCUCCUCCAGGGCGGGCACCACGUGCACUCAUCUUUACCCCCAGCAUCUAGCAGUGUUGGCAUGUAGUAGGCACUCAAGAAAUGUGUGUUGAAUGAACGAUGCCUGUGACAAGCAGCUGGACUUUAUUCUUUCCUGACCCUUGCUCCUAUGACACACCUCCUCCUGGCUCCCCCUUCAAAGCAGAACUUCUCUUCUCUAGGGAAGCUGGAGGGAAACAGCCAUGGCCAAGGACAUCCUGGGUGAAGCACGGCUGCACUUUGAUGAGCUGAACAAGCUGCGGGUGUUGGACCCAGAGGUUACUCAGCAGACCGUAGAGCUCAAGGAAGAGUGCAAGGACUUUGUGGACAAAAUUGGCCAGUUUCAGAAAAUAGUUGGUGGUUUAAUUGAGCUUGUUGACCAACUUGCAAAAGAAGCAGAAAAUGAGAAGAUGAAGGCCAUUGGUGCUCGGAACUUGCUCAAAUCUAUAGCAAAGCAGAGAGAAGCCCAACAGCAGCAACUGCAGGCACUCAUAGCAGAAAAGAAAAUGCAGCUUGAAAGGUAUCGGGUUGAAUAUGAAGCUUUGUGUAAAGUAGAAGCAGAACAAAAUGAAUUUAUUGACCAAUUUAUUUUUCAGAAAUGAACUGAAAACUUCAUUUUGUAGCAGGAGGGCAAAAAAGAAAAAAGAAAAAAAAAA